UUAAAAUCUGUUUAAAUUAGAUAGUUUUUCUUCGUUUAAAUUCAAUUAAUUGUCAUUCUUUUUUUCGCAUGUUUAAAGAAAAAAACAACAUAUAAAAAGUGUCAAUGUCUUCAAAUUAUCAUAAAAAAAUUUAUUAAAAUUUUAAAUUCGUUAAUUAUUUAAUUGUCAAUCAAUUACAUACAUACAUAAAUUUUUAUCUAAAAUAUAUAAUAUCAAAAAUAAUUCAUAAUGUAUAAAUGUAUUUUAAAAAAAAGUGAAAUAAAUUUUAAAAAAUAUUUACCAAUAUUAAAUGGUAAAUUUUAUCAUAGUGAAAAAGGAGUUUAUGGAUACCGGCCAAGGCCGACACGAAGCUUUAAAGUAUCUGAAGAUAUUCUGAAAUCUAGGAAUUCUCAAAGCAAUUUAUAUAGAUGGGUUGAAGGAUAUAGAAAGCAUGGUCACAAAUUGGCGAUGAUCGAUCCCGUUGUUUUUAAAGGAAAAAACGUAUCUGCAAUAGAGGAGUUGGAUCCAAAGUAUUACGGCUUAAAACCGGAUGAAAAUGUUAAUUCCCUUGGAAUUUUCAAUAAUCUUUCAUCAAAAAAUACAGUAUCAAUAGCUGAAUUAGAAGUACUUUUAAAACGGGUAUAUUGUGGUUCAAUUAGUAGCGAAUUUUCUUAUAUAGAAUCAACUGAAGAAAAAGAAUGGUUAUCUGAAAAUUAUGAGAAAAUAUUACAAGAAAAAUCUUUAAUUAAAAAUACAGAUAAAAUUGAAGUUGCAAAACUUUUAAUUAAGUCUCAAGCAUGGGAUAAUUUUCUUGCAACAAAAUUUGCUUCGGUCAAGCGAUACGGUGGUGAAGGCUCCGAAAGUACAUUAGCAUUUUUCUAUCAACUAUUUAAAGACUCUGUUAAUGAUAAUAUUAAACAUCUUGUAAUUGGUAUGCAACAUCGGGGUAGAGGAAAUAUUUUAACAUCAAUGCUAAAUGUAAGACCAGCGAAAAUGUUUAAGAAAUUUCAAGGUGGUUCAGAAUUUCCUGAUGAUGCCAUAGCUAUGGGAGACGUAGUGAGUCACUAUCAUGUUUCUGAUAAAUUUAAUGUUGAAGGUAAAAGUCUAUUAGUUUCAAUGUUAAGAAAUCCAUCACAUCUUGAGGCUGUAAAUCCAGUAUCAAUGGGAAAAACACGCUCUAAGCAACAAACUUAUCAAGAUGGUUCUUACAAUCAAGAUCAUCCUGAAGCAUUAUUUUCAAAUUACGCCCUAAAUAUUCAGGUACAUGGUGAUGCUGCGUUUUCUGGUCAGGGUGUUAACCAAGAAUGUUUAAUGAUGUCUCAAGUUCCUAAUUUUGAAAUAGGUGGUACAAUACACAUGAUAAUUAACAAUCAAGUUGGUUUCACAACACCCGCCGAACGUGGUAGAUCAUCAUUUUAUAGUACAGAUUUAGGAAAAUCAAUACAAUCACCAGUAUUUCACGUAAAUGGUGAUGAUCCUGAAGAUGUGAUGUUAAUAACAAAAUUGGCAUUUCAAUAUCAAAGAAAAUUUAGGAAAGAUGUUUUUAUUGAUUUAAAUUGUUUUAGACGUUGGGGUCAUAAUGAAUUGGAUGAUCCAAGUUUCACUAAUCCAUUACUAUAUGCAGUUAUCAACGAAAAAAAAACCGUUCCUGAUAUGUACGCGGAAAAACUAGUUAAUGAAAAUAUUUUGGAAAAUAAUCAACCUAACGAAAUUCGUAAUGAAUUUAUGGAUUACCUCAGUAAAGAAUUAGAUAAUACAAGUUCCUAUAAACCAGAACCAUGCUAUUAUGAGAAGCAAUGGAAAAGAAUUCAACAAGCAAGUCCUCAUGAAUUGACAUAUUGGGAUACUGGUUUGGAUUAUUCAUUAUUACAACACAUUGGUAACACAAGCGUCUCAUUUCCUGAUGAUUUUAAUAUCCACCCUCAUCUAUUAAAGACACAUGUUACUGGACGUUUAAAAAAAUUAUCUGAAGGUAAUAAAAUUGAUUGGUCAACAGCUGAAGCAUUAGCAAUUGGUAGCUUAAUGUAUCAAGGACAUCAUGUUAGAAUAAGUGGUGAAGAUGUUGGUCGUGGUACAUUUUCACAACGACAUUGUAUGUUAGUAGAUCAAAAAACAAAUGAAAUUUUUAUACCAUUAAAUAGAUUGAAUGGUGGAUAUGGUGGUAAAUUAGAAGUCGCAAAUAGUAUAUUAUCAGAAGAAGCUGUAUUAGGUUAUGAAUAUGGUAUGUCAAUUGAUAAUCCAAAUAAUUUAAUUAUUUGGGAAGCACAAUUUGGUGAUUUUUAUAAUGGAGCACAAAUUAUGAUUGAUAAUUUUAUUGUAAGUGGUGAAACAAAAUGGAUGGAAUCAAAUGGAUUAGUAAUUUUAUUACCUCAUGGAUAUGAUGGAGCAGCAUCUGAACAUAGUUCAUGCCGCCUAGAAAGAUUUUUACAAUUGACUGAUUCUAAAGAAAAUGCACCUGAUGGUGAUAUUGUUAAUUUACAUAUUGUAAAUCCAACAACACCAGCACAAUAUUAUCAUGUAUUAAGACGCCAAAUAAUAAGAAAUUUCCGGAAACCAUUAUUAAUUGUUGGACCGAAAGUAUUGAUAAGACUUUCUGAUGCAACAUCCUCGUAUACUGAAUUUGAACCAGGAACAUAUUUCAAAAAUGUUAUAGGAGAUGAUUUUGUUGAACGAAAGAAUGUUGAUACAGUAAUAUUAUGCAGUGGUAAACACUAUUACAAUUUGCAUAAUGAAAGAGUAUCUAAAAAUUAUACAAAUACAGCAAUUAUUCGUUUGGAAUCGCUUAGUCCUUUCCCUUUCCCAGAAGUUCAAGAAGAAAUUGGAAAAUAUUCAAAUGCAAAAAAUUUUAUUUGGAGUCAAGAAGAAUCUAGAAAUAUGGGUGCUUGGACUUUUGUUAAACCUAGAUUCGAGUUCUUUGUGGGAAAGAAAUUAAAAUACUGUGGAAGACCUGAAACACCAACAACUGCAGUGGGCGAUGGAAAAAUUCAUCGUCAAGAAGUAGAAUAUAUAGUCCAACAACCUUUCAAAAUGUAGAUAUUAUAAUUGGGUUAAGUAUACAUUUAAAUAAAAUAAUAUUGUUUUGUUUAUAAAUAGUUUGUUCUUAUGCAUUGUAAUAAAAUUAUUAAAAAUUUUAAA